CAGGAAGCGGAUUGAUGGGGAACUCGUCUGCCUCCUUCAUGGGCACUUUUCUGGCCAGCAGCCUGGGCUCACCCCCCUCGCACCCCCCUCACCCCUCCCGGGGGCCCCCCUCCUCCCCCUCAGAGCCCCCCUUCCACGGGGGGCCACACUCCGGGGCCUCGCAGAUCUGGUUCUCCCACUCUCACGAAGCCCCGGGGUAUCCCCGCUUUUCAGGCAGUCUGGCCUCCACCUUCCUUCCCAUGAGCCACUUGGAUCACCACAGCAACAGCAGCGUCCUGUACGGGCAGCACCAUUUCUAUGACACACAGAAAGAUAACUUCUACCUGAGAAGCCUCCCCUCCCAGCCAACGCUGCUCUCAGCCAAUCACGGAUUCCCGGCUAUCUCGCGGGCAGCGCCUGGGCACCCUCUGGGUUCCUGUAGCCGCGAGCGGGACUCGGGUGGGGGAGGGGGCGGCCUGCACAAGAGCCUGAAGGAAGGGGGCGAGAGGGGGGUGGCGCUGGGCUCGAAAGAGAAAGAGAGGGCCAGUAAACAAGAGGCUAAAGAAAGGCUGCAUCAACAACAGCAGCAACAGCAUCACCAACAUCAUCAUCACCAACAGCAGCAGCAGCAGCAAGCCUCGCUGGAAGAGGAAAGCAACAGAGCACUGGAGCGACACAAAGUGAACCUGCCUCCUGAGAGCGGCCACUGCAAAGCGGACUCGCUGGGCAGGGGGAAGCACCUCAGUGCCUGCCUGGUGAAAGCCAAGAUGCUGAAUGGAGAAUCUGGUGGCAACACCAACACUAAGAGUGCCGUGUUAAGCUGUGGGGGUGGGGGUGCCCAGACCAGGCACGUUGGAGGAGGCAGCAAUAGCCGCUGUGCCAAGAAUGGCAAUAGUACCGGAAACAGUAACAGCAGUAGCGGUGAGAUGCGGUUAAGUGGGCACCCCCAGGACUGCUUGGAGAGCCGGCAGAUGCUCCACCACUCCUACUCUGUCCCCCCUCCCCUGUCCAUGAGCUCCGCAGCGGGGGCAGGAGGGGCAGGUGGAUUCCCCUGUCUCCAGCUACACACCGCUCACCCUCACCGUCACCACCACCACCACCCGCACCACCCUGACUUCUACUGUCCGCCGCUUCCGCCCCCUCUUACCACCCCCUCCUCCCAGGACAAAGGGGGCACUGCUGGGCGUGAGCUGAAAGUCACUGGGCCCACCUUUGUGCCUUCCGUCGGACACUUUGGGGACAAGAACAGCGGGCCUUUCCAGUUGGGCAACCCUGAUUGUCGGGUUGGGGGCAGUGCCAAGGAUAGGACACUGGAGAAAAACAAUGGACAUAAUAACGGGGCGCCUCCGAGCAGCUGCCAGAGAAAGCAACAGCAGCAGCCCUACGUGAAGGCAGAUAAGGCUCCCGAUUGGCUUCAAAGUCACCAUCACCACUUACAGCAACAACAACAGAAUCAAAGUGCGCGAUCCCGUAGUCUCGAGUGCAUCAACAGUGCUGACAUGGACCUGUUCAGACCCUCCCUCCCUCAGGGGGCGAAGGGAGGCCACUCGGGGAAAACCGGCCCUUACAUCAGCACCCCUCCCUUCCAGGACUGUUCCCACUCAGGUCCUGCCCCUACUCCUCAAUCAUCCGAAGGGCUGACCUCGUCCAGUAAAGGAGGUCAACAUCAGGGCCGUGCUAACGGGAGCGGUUGCACGUUAGAGCGGGGUGGGCAGAAGGUGGCUCGCAUCAGACACCAGCAGCACAGGCCUGGUCCGGAAGCAGGGAGCGACCUAGGCAACAGCGGGCAGGAGAUGAAGAGGAAGCUGGAGCUGGCAUCCCUCGGGUAUGGAAACAGCGGGCAGCAACUCUUGCCCCACUGGGCAGUGAGGGGGCAGCAGAUCCAGGUUGAGGAAGAGCAGAGGAAGAACUACCUGGAUCCUUUCAGCAGCGGCAGUAGACAGCAGAGUCAACAAAAUCAAAAUCAGCAGCAGGAACAAGGGAUGCCCCCCCAUAGCUCCAGCCAGCAGGAGACACGAGCCUCUCAAGGGGAGAGCUCAGCUAUGAAGAGCCUUCUAAAGUACAGCAGCCAGCAGCAGCCCCUCUUGCUUGCCCAGAAGAGCCCGUUUGGAGGCCUGGGCAGCCUCAAGACCCCCAGCAACAGCAGCAGCACCAGCUGUGCCCUGCAGGAUGCCAAGCAGCCUCUGCCCCCGAGGAAGGGCCCUCCCCACGAUUCGGAGCGGCAGGACUGCAGUGGGGGCCGGGGCAGAGAGGUGGGUGACGGACCCCACGGCGAGGGAGAGGUGAGACAGCCCCCCGUGGGCAUUGCAGUGGCUGUUGCCAGGCAGAGAGAGCCACAGAGCCACCCACCUGACGGGCAUCCCGGGCACAGCCGGCAGGGCAGGGUGCUGCCUGCCAUGAAAGGAGUCCCGCGCUCAGUGUUCCCUCUGGAUGCUGAGGGAGAGGAGGAGAGAAAGAGGCUCUGUGAGGAUCAGCUGGGACUAUCCUGCCUGGAUCGGGACAGAGAACUCUUCAUCAGGGAGAGCAAGGAGCGGGUAGAAUUUGCCCGAAUCCAUCCUUCCAGCAGUUGCCAUGGCGACCUUACCCCCCACCUCAUGGUGCCAGGCGGAACUUCUCUGCAGGCCAGCCAAUUAGGAGCUGACCCUGCGGCACACGCCCACCCAGCCCAUCACCACUGGAUGCCACGGACAGGAAGUCCCUCCUUGUGGAUGACCGGUCAUUCCUACGGGCUCAGCCACGCGGCUCUCCACCAGAAUCUACCCCCUGGCUUCUCGGCGGCGAUGCCCAGCCCCCUGCAGCCUGUGCUGCCUCUGCCUCAGGACCCCCCUGCCCAGCUGGUCGUGCUACCCAGCGAGCCGCCUGCACACCCUGCCACGCACCACCUCGACGUGAUGGAACAGCCCUCUCUGUGGCCCCCGAUGUACGGCGCGCGGGGCCCCGGCUCGCACAUGCAGCACCCCGCACAGCUGCCCAGCAUGUACUCACGAUCCCAGUUUCUACGGCAACAGGAGCUGUACGCGCUACAGCAGCACCAGCAACAUCAGCACCACCAACACCAACAGCAGCAGCAGCAGCAGCAGAGAGCAGCUCAAGCCCUGGAGAUGCAGCAAAGACACUCCCACUUACAGAGGAAGCCAGAGAACCCCCCGAUGGAGCUGGAGGAUCUCCUCACACAGAGGACCCUGAAGAGCACCAAGCCGUUCUCCUACACCCCCGCCAAGAGCGUGCCGCCCCCAACGGGCUGUGCAGCCAGGCUGUCCCCCUGCUCCCGCUCUCCCUCCCUGCGGCCCCACCCCAAGAGCACGCCCUGCACUCCCUGCCCUGCGCCCAGCCCGGCCACUGCCCCCUGCUCCCCUGCCCUCAGCCCUGCCCCCUCGCACACCAACAAGGGGGCGGAGCAACAGGACAAGAGAGGGGAGGGGCAGCCACCUCAGGACUACCCACAAUCCCUAGAGCCAGACCUGCCACCUGGAUACACCUACUCGGCCGUCACUAUGGGUUACAGCAGCGGCCCCUCUCCUCAGGACAUACGAUUGGCCGAACCGGCCGACAUGCAAGCCGUGCAGACAGAGCCAGCCGAGCCUGCUCCAAGGCCACUCCCCUUGGGGGAGGAGCCUACGUGUGAGGAGGGCAAUGCCUCCUUGAGGACGUUGGUGCAGGAGGAGGAGUCGGGCCCUGGGACAGUAGAACCCGGAGGCGGGGUGGUAGGGGGAGCGGUUGAGGGCUGCUGUGCCUCCCCAGAGCUGGAGUCCAGUGGACUGUUCCCCCGCCCCGGAAUAGAGGGGGGGAUCUCUGAACUCCAUGCCCCUUCAGCAACUCCCCCCGCUUCCCCUUCUGUGGGGCAAACUGAGGUGGAAGGCUCCUCUUCAGAAUGCGUGCAAGUGAUGGAAUCUGUGGAGGUAAGAAGGGAUGAAGAGGAGAAGGACGAGGAGGGAAGGGAUGGGCCGUUGGAAGGAGAAGGCGGCAAGGUUUACCAGGACCUCAUACCUGCCGGGGCUACCCCAUCCUCCCCUGAGGCGGUAGCUGACACCACAGCCUUAGAGUUGGGGAGGAAUACCCCCAUCGAAGCCCCUAACGAAGCCCCCAGGGAUACCUGGGACAGCCCAUCACCACAGGGUGACUCUCUUACCCACAAUACCUCAGGAGACUGGACGGACCUGACCAUGGUGGCAGGCUGGUUACCGGGCUCCAACACCGGCCUGGACCUGUUGAUCGCAGCCAGCCUCAGUGCAGAGGGACAUAUUCCUCCUACACCCCUCAUCGCCAACCAACCACAGACCUCAGGCUUUCACCCCUGCUCAGGGAGCCAUGGGAUAGCGCUACUGAGUGAGCUGGUGGACCUGGAGCUUCAGCAGCAGAGGAGCAGGGCAGGAGAGAGUGAAGGUGAGGAACUGGGUUUCGUUUUGACAACGAGAUGUAAAGCUAUGCUUUGAUGAUCCCAUAAAAUGAAUUUGUAUUGUGCACCCAGAGAUCCAGUGUUGACGCCAAGAGCAGUAACAUGCUCUUUGAUAUCAGAACCAUAUCCAGUAGUCCAAAAACCUGACUCUACCAAAGCGUGAUAUUUAUAGAACAAGAGUGGCGAAUGAAUAGCCUUGAUUUUUGUUUUUCUUUUGCAUGAAAGAGCAAAAGCCCCCCUUAUAAAGUUUUUUCGCCGACACAGCACGCUGCCUUUGUGCAUGGCAGAGAUAACAGCAGAGCCCCCCUCCCCGCUCCCUGUGGGACUGCCAGCUGAACGCAGAGGCCUGUGCUUCUCCUGUCACACAAUGUCGGACCCUGCCAGGGGACUGGCCCUGUGUAAGCAAGGUCUUCCUCUCUCUGUCUCUCG